UUGCUUUGGGCCAGGCAGCUGCUGAAGCUGACUCCCACAGGGUUAAGCUGAGUUGCUGAAGCCAACCCCUCUUCUCCUCCCAGUCCCCGUUUUCACAGUAGGCUGGCAGCUGUCCCAACUGCCUACCGGAGCCAAAUGCUUAAGGAGAGAAAGGAGCCAGCUAUGAAUCCCUUCCAGAAAAAUGAGUCAAAGGAAACUCUUUUUUCACCUGUCUUCACUGAAGAGGUACCACCUCAACCCCCGAGCCUUCCAAAGAAGCCACCUCCGAAAAUUUGUGGCUCCAACUAUCCACUGAGCAUUGUCUUCAUUGUGGUGAAUGAAUUCUGUGAGCGCUUUUCCUAUUAUGGCAUGAAAGCUGUGCUGACCCUGUAUUUCCUGUAUUUCCUGCAUUGGAAUGAAGACACUGCCACAUCUCUAUACCAUGCCUUCGGCAGCCUCUGUUAUUUCACUCCCAUCCUGGGAGCAGCCAUUGCUGACUCAUGGUUGGGAAAAUUCAAGACAAUCAUCUAUCUCUCCCUGGUGUAUGUGCUUGGCCAUGUGAUCAAGUCUGUGGGUGCCUUACCAAUACUGGGGGGACAAACAGUACACACGAUCCUAUCAUUGACUGGCCUCAGUCUAAUAGCUUUGGGGACUGGAGGUAUCAAACCCUGCGUGGCAGCUUUUGGUGGAGACCAGUUUGAAGAAAAACAUGCAGAGGAACGGACUAAAUACUUCUCAAUCUUCUACCUGUCCAUCAAUGCAGGGAGCUUGAUUUCUACAUUUGUUACACCCAUGCUGAGAGGAGAUGUCCAAUGUUUUGGGGAAGACUGCUAUGCAUUGGCUUUUGGAGUUCCAGGACUGCUUAUGGUCAUAGCUCUUGUUGUGUUUGCAAUGGGAAGCAAAAUAUACAAAAAAUCACCUCCUGAAGGAAACAUAGUGGCUCAAGUUCUCAAGUGUAUCUGGUUUGCUCUUUCCAACCGUUUCAAGAACCGUUCCAAGGACAUUCCAAAGCGACAGCACUGGCUGGACUGGGCAGCCGAAAAAUACCCAAAGCAGCUCAUUAUGGAUGUGAAGACAUUGACCGGGAUACUAUUCCUUUAUAUCCCAUUGCCCAUGUUCUGGGCUCUUUUGGAUCAGCAGGGCUCACGAUGGACUUUGCAAGCCAUCAGGAUGAAUGGGAAUUUGGGUUUUUUUGUGCUUCAGCCGGACCAGAUACAGGUUCUAAAUCCCUUUCUGGUUCUUAUCUUCGUCCCAUUGUUUGACCUGGUCAUUUAUCCUCUCGUCUCCAAAUGUGGAAUUAACUUCUUAUCACUGAGGAAAAUGGCUGUGGGUAUGAUCUUAGCAUGCCUGGCAUUUGCUGUUGCAGCAGCUGUAGAGAUAAAAAUUGAUGAAAUGACCCCACCCCGGCCAGGUCCCCAAGAGAGUUUACUCCAAGUCUUGAAUCUGGCAGAUGAUGAUGUGAAGUUAACGGUGCUGGGAGACAAAAAUAAUCCUCUGUUGGAAGAGUCCAUCAAAUCCUUUCAGAAAAUGCCACACUAUUCCAAACUCCAUCUGAAGGCAGAAAGCCAGGAUUUCCACUUCCACCUAAAAUAUCACAAUUUGUCUGUCUACACUGAGCAUUCUGUGGAGGAGAAGAAUUGGUACAGUCUGAUCAUUAGAAAAGAUGGAAAAAGUAUUUUCAGCAUGAUGGUGAAGGAUACAGAAAACAAAGCAAGCAAUGGGAUGACAUUUGUGAGGUUUGUUAACACUUUACAUAAAGAGGUCAACAUCUCCCUGGACACAGAUAUCUCCCUCAAUGUUGCUGAAGACUAUGGUGUGUCUGCUUACACAACUGUGCGAAGAGGAGAAUACCCUGCAGUGCCUUGUAGAACAAAAGAUAAGGACUUUUCAUUGAAUUUGGGCUUACUCGAGUUUGGUGCAGCUUAUCUGUUUAUUAUUACUAAUAGCACCAAUCAGGGUCCUCAAGCCUGGAAGAUGGAAGACAUUCCAGCCAACAAAAUGUCCAUUACAUGGCAACUACCACAAUAUGUCCUGGUUACAGCUGGGGAGGUCAUGUUCUCUGUCACAGGACUUGAAUUUUCUUAUUCUCAGGCUCCCUCUAGCAUGAAGUCGGUAAUCCAGGCAGCCUGGUUGUUGACGAUUGCGGUGGGGAACGUCAUUGUGCUUAUCGUGGCGCAGUUCAGCGGCCUGGGACAGUGGGCUGAAUUCAUCUUGUUUUCCUGUCUCCUGCUGUUGGUCUGCCUGAUCUUUUCCAUCAUGGGCUACUACUAUGUUCCUACAAGGACAGAAGAUAUUCCGGAGACAGCAGAUAUGCAGAUUUCCCACAUCCAAGGGAACAUGAUCAACCUUGAGACCAAGAAGACAAAGCUCUAAUGGCUCCCUAGACUCUGCCCAGACCUCAGCUCCUGGCCCUGGCCUUGGCCAUCACUCAUCGUCAAGCAUUGUUUUCUCCUACUUAGCUAGGGAGAGACUACAUUAUCUGAGCUGAUCGCCUCCAUUUUUCUCCCAUAAUAGAGGCAGUUCUAGGACAGGAUUUUCUAUUACAUUAAAGAGCAAGGCCCCUGAGACUAUGUCUUCCCAUUUACCAUGAAACUGUAAAGCUUGUGUAGUGUUGCUAAAAUUGUCCCGGUAUUUCCAAAUGGCCAUGAAAAACACAAAUGUGUAAUUGAGAUUAGUCUCCAUGGGUAUGCAACGUUCUAUAAGAAUUCCUUUACCUGUCAUUUAGAACUGCUGACCCCACUUCUUUAGAUGCUGAUUUAGGAGCAAAAUUGCAGAGUAACAGAGAAAUGGCAUUUCAGGUUUCCUUAUAAGCAGUGUAAAUGUACUAUUCACUAAGACCUCAAGAAUUGGUACAUAUGAUCUGUGAUCUGGUCCAGGGGCCAGCUUGCCAGCUGUCCAGGUUUGAUAAGACCUUAGUAAAUUUUUCAGUACAGAUGGUAGGAGACAGAAUAUUUUAUUAACACACAGGAGGAGAUAUGUCUUUCUGAUAACUACAGUAUCUUAUCUACUAAUUCAAACACCCCUUUCUCAGUACUGAUAGGUCUUUGGAAACCCAAGUAAAGAUGGUAAACAUGGUUCUGGAAAAUAAAAACAAGUACAAACUGUACAAA